UCAAGGGGAAUAACUCUUGAUCUGUUAUGAGCGGAAUGGCAGACAGGAUCGACUUUACAGAAUUAGGUGGAUCUGGCUACAGCUCAGAACUUGAUUCAGACGCAGAAACCAAGAAACGCAAACAGCAUGAUGAAAGUCUGUUGUCAAAGAAGAAAGCUCGGUCAGAAAAGCUUCCAGACCGACAAGAGAUGGGAGAAAUGUACAAUAAAGAGGAAGGGAAAAUUCACCGGGUGCAUUAUCUGACUAUGAGUGCUUUUGACCGACACAAGCAGUAUGUCAACAACUAUGUCCUUUACUUUGGAGGUUCCAUGAACGAUUUUUACAGGGACAGAUCGAAAGACAAAACAGACUUGGAUGUCAUAAGGGAAAAUCAUCGCUUCUUAUGGUCUGAUGAUGAUGAUGCUGACAUUACAUGGGAGAAACAGCUUGCUAAAAAAUACUAUGAUAAAUUGUUUAAAGAGUAUUGUUUGGCAGAUCUUAGUCGAUACAAAGAAAAUAAGAUUGGAAUGAGAUGGCGGACAGAAAAGGAAGUGGUAGAUGGCAAAGGACAGUUUAUAUGUGGCAACAAAAAGUGUGCAGAAAAUGAAGGAUUGAGAAGUUGGGAAGUAAAUUUUGCUUACAUGGAACAUGGAGAGAAAAAGAAUGCUUUGGUUAAAUUACGGCUGUGUCCUGACUGCUCAUAUAAACUGAAUUAUCAUCACAAAAAAAGAGAAAUUGUCCAAAAAAAGAAAUCGAAACGGGAAGAAAAAGACAAAUUAAGAGCAAAGGAUCAACAUGAUCUAAAUGAGGUGGAAGGCCAAAAACAAUCUUCUACACAUCCAGGAGAAAAGGUGUCAUCAUCUGAAUCACCUUCUGAUUCCUCUAUUUGGAGUGCUCCCAUUAAACUAACAGAGGAAAAAUCCAGAGAGGAAGAAUUUGAUGACUACUUUGCAGACAUGUUUUUGUGAGCUUGUGUAUUUGUCCAGAACAUUUUCAUUUCUGUAAAUCUAUUUUGCUGUUACACACUGAUGACUAAUGAUGCAGCCCUAUGCUCCUUGAAGAGUAACAAGAAAUAAACUAAAAACACUGAGGACUCACUUCAGAAAAAUCAAGUUUCAAUGACUGAAUUGCUCAUCAGCACAUUAUGGAGCUUAUGUUCUCACAGAACACGAAAUUUACUUCGAGGCUUUUCAAACUCUUGUGACAUUUGAUAAGCAUAUUUUGUUUAUACUGCUGUACAGAAAAACUGAGUUUUCAACAUCAUUUAAAUUAAAUUUAAAUCAACAUCAUUUAAAUGGUGGUGAUUUUUAUAUCUGCAUGUUCAGUCCCAGAGCUUUACAAUAUAUAGACUGGAUAAAGUUGUACAUGUAGGAUAUAAUGCAUCACAAUAAAAUACAUUUGUGGAUCACAGGUUAAGAGAAGUAAAACUCACUUUGUGAGUGGUAAAAUAUGUGUGUUAAUGUACUUUUCAUUUCUUCAGACUCUGGACUUUUGUAUCAUGGCUUCAACUGGUCUAAAGAGAGCUACACGUAUAUUUCUUAAAGUGACAGUAAAGUUGUGUGUAUGUUAAAUAUGUAGUUUAUUCCUUGUUGCUCCUUUGAGGAGCAUAGGGCCGUAACACCACCUCGCCAGUGGACCCGGUUUUGGGCAUUCCCCCAUCAUUUGGGCCCAUGUGGUUCCGAUGUCCUUUGCCUCACUCUCUACUGUUCUUUUCCAGUGUUAUAUAUAUAUUUAAAUUCCAAAGCUGUAUGUAUUGUCUGCAAGUUUCUAUUACUCAGGCAACAUGAUUUCAUUACCAUUCCCCUAUACAAUGAAGUUAGAGAUAGGCUAAGUUAAUAUGUCGUGCCUGAAAAUGUAAGAUUAUUGCCAGUGUUGUAUGCAAAAAAAGAGGAGAAACUUAAACAACCGAAAAGAGAAAGCUGUUAAAAAAGAUUAAUGGUGUCUUAGAACUAUGGUUAGCUAAAGUGAGAUUAAAGUGUUCAAACAAAGAAAAA